AUGGUUUCUGACCACAGGAGGACCAUAGUGAACUCUAUGCAUGUUUCAUAUUUUAUACUGAGUGUCUUGGUUUUUAAUUACUUGUUCUUCACGAUUGUCAUGUGUUUAUAUGUGUGUAUUUUAGGUGCCAACACGUCUCUGAUUGUGGUUAUCUGUGUGAACAGGAGCUUACAUGAACCUAUGUACCUUUUUCUGUGCAGCCUGUUUGUAAAUGAACUGUAUGGUAGUACAGGGUUGUUUCCAUCCCUUCUGGUUCAGAUCCUCUCUGACAUUCACACUGUCUCUGCUCCGCUCUGCUUCCUGCAGGUUUAUUCUGUGUAUUCUUAUGUGUGUGUGGAAUAUUUAAACUUAACCGUCAUGUCUUAUGACAGAUAUCUUGCUAUCUGUUAUCCUCUGCAAUAUAACACACGUAUGACUUCUAGGAGGGUCGCCUCUCUUGUUGCUGUGUCGUGGUUUUACUCGCUGUUAAUCUGUGUUGUCAUGAUAGCCCUGACUGUGUCUCUGCAGCUGUGUGGGAAUAUCGUUAAUACUGUGUACUGUGGGAACUACUCCAUUGUUAAACUGGCCUGCUCUGACAUUACUGUUAUUAAUAUUUGUGGACUCUUUGUGAGUCUUUGCACGUUAUUCGUUCCUCUGAUUUUAAUCCUCUACACGUACAUGAGGAUCUUCAGAGUGUGUUUCUCUGGUUGUAAGCAGAGCAGACCGAAAGCUGUCAGUACCUGCACACCUCACCUUGUUUCCCUCCUCAACUUCUCUUUUGGCUGCGGCUUUGAAAUACUUCAGAGUAGAUUUGAUAUGAGCGGUGUUCCAACCAAGUUCCGCACCUUAUUAUCGUUAUACUUCCUCACGUGCCAGCCUCUCCUCAACGCUGUGAUGUACGGCCUGACAUUUUCCAAAAUCCGUGUUGUUGUGAGAAGUGUGGUGUCAGAGGUCAGAGGUCAGAGGACCAUCCCUGCACAGGGCCUCACAGAGACGUGGACCCUCACAGAGACGUGGACCCUCACAGAGACGUGGACCCUCACAGGGGACGUGGACCCUCACAGAGACGUGGACCCUCACAGAGACGUGGACCCUCACAGAGACGUGGACCCUCACAGAGACGUGGACCCUCACAAAAACUUGGACCCUCACAGAGACGUGGACCCUCACAGAGACGUGGACCCUCACAGAGACGUGGACCCUCACAGAGACGUGGACCCUCACAGAGACGUGGACCCUCACAGAGACAUGGACCCUCACAGAGACGUGGACCCUCACAAGACUUGGACCCUCACAGAGACGUGGACCCUCACAGAGACGUGGACCCUCACAGAGACGUGGACCCUCACAGAGACGUGGACCCUCACAGAGACGUGGACCCUCACAGAGACGUGGACCCUCACAGAGACGUGGAACUGA